CCCCGGCGCGCGGACAUGCUGCCCUCCCUGCAGGAAUCCCUGGACGGGGACGACAAGGAGCUGGAGAGCAGCGAGGAGGGCGGCGGAAGCGGCGGCGGGAGCGUGGAGGACCGGAGGCCCGAACGGCCGCCCAGCAGCCACUUCUGCCUCUACGCCUACCACGGAAGCAGAUCACCAACGCAACGUGGAGACAGUGACGAUGGAAAUCCGAGUAGCUUGACUUUGGAAACUCCUCCUGGUGCAGACUUCAGCCUUUCCUUGGUAGAUACUAAUUUACCAUCAGAAGCAGAGCCAGAACUCCGGAGUGCCAUCGCUAAGCGUGUGUCCAAAGGAGCUGUCUUUGAAGGGCUGGGUAACGUUACAUCGGUGGAGCUGAGUCUUCCAGAUUCUCGGGUUGGUUGCUAUUACUGCCUUUUCCAGCAAGACAAACCACUUAUAGAAACAGCAACUGCAGAGUCUGUUCCUGACCCUCCUGAAUAUAUAGUCUGUUUCUUAGGGGGCUCUGAAAAAGGACUUGAGCUUUUCAGACUUGAGUUGGACAAAUACAUCCAAGGCCUGAAGACAAAAGUGGAUGGCGAGGAAGGUAGCCUGGAGGCCUGCACCAAAUCCUACCUUAGCAACUGGUUUGAGGCGGCCGUAUGCCCAAUUGAGAGAGUCGUGCAUCUCUUUCAAGAGAAGCUUACCUUUCUCCUGCAUGCUGCUUUGAGUUACACUCCAGUUGAAGUUCAAGAAUCAGAUGAAAAAACAAAGAGAGACAUUAAUGGGUUUCUGAGCGUGGCUAGUCUCCAAGGACUUAUUCACGAGGGGACGAUGACCUCCUUAUGCAUGGCUAUGACUGAAGAGCCGCACAAGUCAGUGGUUAUAAACUGUAGUGGGCCUCAGCCGCAGUUUUCUAACGCAGGAAGCAACAGGUUCUGUGAGGACUGGAUGCAGGCGUUUCUGAAUGCUGCGGAAGGUGGCAACCCAUUUCUUUUCCGACAAAUCCUGGAGAACUUUAAACUGAAGGCUAUCCAAGACACAAACAACCUGAAGAGGUUUAUUCGCCAGGCAGAAAUGAAUCAUUAUGCCCUGUUUAAAUGUUACUUAUUUCUGAAGAACUGUGGCAGUGGAGAUAUCCUACUGAAGAUAGUGAAAGUGGAGCAUGAAGAAAUGCCAGAAGCCAAAAAUGUGAUCCUGGCCCUUGAAGAGUUCAUGAGAGAAGAAGCUUCAGCCUAGACUUCUUAAUCAUUUGUUUUUAUGUACUCUGAAAUUGCUGCAACAUAGUAUUGUGCAGUCAUACUCUCGUGAUCCAUUGGAACCAAUUUGUCAUUGUCGUAAUGGGUUAUGCUGUCCAAAAGCAUUAGGUGAUUUCAGACUAAUUCUAGGUUGCAGUCUUUUGGUGGUUUAAAUUAUGUAAAAACCAGUGGAAACAUUUUCCUUUGAGUCUUAGGGAUAAAAGUGUGCAAGUACAUAGUUACUCUCUUUGUCAGCUUUUAACCUCAUCAAUCAUAGAAUCUUGGGGUUGAAAACUGGAGGCUACUUAUCUCUCUAGCCCUCUGUCUUUGUGUGGGCAAUCCUAUUUUUCUAGGCUCACAGAAAGAAAUUCUGUAACCUCUCUCUUUAGUCCAUUCCUUUGUUUAAAAACACUGUUAAGUCAUUUUCCCUGGCAGAAAAUCAUCAUGAUUCUUUCUCAAUCACCAUUGGAUUUAGCAUUUUGUAGCUAUUUGGAGAAGAUACAAUUCGAGACUUGGGGCAGACUCUCUUCACAAAAGCAUUGCAAAGACAGGUCUAGAACACAGCCCAUGUCUUAAAAGCUUUGCACUCUGUGGGUGCCUGAUGUAUUCUGUUGGAUAAUGGCAGCGUCAAUAUGGUCAGCCCUGGUGCUGAUGUGCAAAUAAAACUUGAAUUUGUAACAAAUUGUAAAAUGAGCUUGUAGAGUAGAUGAGCCAACUCGAAAGGAAAACAUUAGUUGGUUUCUAGGACAGCCACAAAAAUGAAUUGAACUAACCCUUUAAAGAGUGUACUGCUCUUUUUUUCAUAAAGCUUCAAACGCUCUACUGGUUGGUUGGCUGGUUGUUUGUCCUUUGAGUAAUUAGGGAUGGGGGAAAAGAAAAACCAAGGCAUUCUAUUGGCAGCACAUAACCUCAGAAACUCAACAAAGAUUCUUCACUACACUCAGACUCGGGCAUUGGUUUUUGAUUUCUAUACUUUCAUUCUUAUCCUCAAAUCGUUUUGCACCAAAUCAAUGGAAAGUCUGCUCUCGAGAUAAUUGGAUAUCUUCUUUCCACGGAAACAGAUUGCAGCUACCCAGAUGUAGCAGUGGUUUUCCUUGUCUAUAGCUAUUUAAAUAAACCCCAUAUUUGAUCAUUAUUAUUUAGUCUUGUCAAUCAUAGAAUAGUGGGUUUGGAAGGCUGUGCCCAGACCCCUGCCUUUAUGCUGAUUCCUGCUUUCCCUAGACUUAGAGGAGAUUCUAUAACCUUGUAAUAGGAAACAUAAAUCUUGUAUUUUUACUGCCCUGGGGAUGUAGAGAAGUCCUGAAGGCCUUUAAGCUGAGGAAUCAUCUCAGAUUUCUUUAAAUUCCUAUUAAGUGCUGAGUUACACCAGUGAUCUGCCCUUUCAGAAUGACUGGCAGUGUUCCCCCCUUUUUCUCCUCUAAGGCACAGAAAUUCAUCUAAGAAACAUUUAUUAAACACCUACUAUGUACACUUCACUUUGCUAUACAUUGAAGGUGUUUGGUUUUUUUUGGGGGGGGUUAGGAAUCAGACCUGUGAUUUCAUCAGGGUCGCCUCCGUUAAAAAAAGACUACGUUCGCAUCCUACCCCUCACACGUGUUGGCUGUGGUCCUGGGCAGAUUGCCUAACCUCUCAGUGCCCCAGACCAAGUUUUAGAGAAGGUGCCUAUCUGUUUUUGUACAGGAAGUUUCAUUGUGCUGAGUUACUCGGAACAAUACAAUCAUAUGUCCAAACCUAUCUACCCCCACCUGAACUUAGCUUUUCAUUAUGGUAGUCUUAAAAAUUAAAUGGAUUCUCAAAAAUUUUAAUCAUGGGGAGUUUUUAUUGCCAUUAAAAUAAAGGUUAUCCUUCUGUGUA